AUGGCUCUCAGUGGCGGGGCCUGUCCUAUGGACCAUGAAAUGCAGCAGGAGCUAGAUCAGCCAUCCACCCCAACAAGUAAAGGAUCAUUUGGUCAGGAUCUCUUCAAGAUCUUUGGUGGAGGAACGAAGAAAGUCACCCGAGACGCCCUAGAUGGUCAACCGCCGAAACGCCGUGGACCCAAGCCCGACAGCAAGCCGGCUCUAACGCGGCGGCAGGAAUUGAACCGUCAGGCUCAGAGGACCCAUCGCGAACGAAAGGAGCAGUACAUGCGGGCGCUGGAGACCGAAGUGUCGCGGUUACGAGAGUCCUACACCAACGAGAUUGCCGAAGCCAACGCAACGGUCCACCAGCAAAAAGAUGUGAUACACUCGAUUCAGGAAGAGAACGCUAUUCUCAAGGAGAUCCUCAACGCCCACGGAAUCCAAUACGAGGCCGAGGUGGAGCGGCGCCGAUCAGAGCGCCCCCCAGCGGUCGGCUACCAAUCGAGCCCUGUCGCCAACAGCAGUAGCGGAUCGCAGACCGCAGGUUUCACGCACUCGGCCAGCAACCAGAACACAACUCCGCCUACGACUAUCACCUCGGGCAUGAGCCCCCGGGUGAAUGGUGGUGUGGACCACUCCGAUAUCUCGCCUCCGCUGGCAUAUGCGCCGCAGCAACAGGUGUAUCAGACGAGUUCGACGGAACCGUCUGGCGGGCUGGAUCGGUCGGCGUCUAUGACGGUAGACCGGCCCGUGCCCACCAUGCAAGGCGUGUUCGAAACCGACCCGCAAUUGCAGAUCGACUUCAUCUUAACAUUGGAAGGGCCCUGCCGUGAACACACAGAUUAUCUAUGCCGGCGGUCCGUCAAGGAAGCUGACGACGAGGACAUGCCGUUCUCCGGCCAUGCCCUGAUGGCCACCUGCCCACCGCCCAGCUACAUCGCCAACACCGAAGAGAAGUAUCCGCACAAGACCUACGAUCUCCCACACCCCAACCUCAGCACCCUCCUCAACCUCAGUCGUCAGCUGGUCCUCGAUGGCCAGAUCACCCCGAUCAUGGCGCUGCAAUGCCUCAAGAACCACGAACUUUACAGCAGCUUGAGCCGCGACGAUGUCAAGAUCAUAAUCGAAACCCUCAACACCAAAGUUCGCUGCUAUGGCUUCGGCGCGGUUGUCGAGGACUUUGAGCUCAUGGACUGUCUGAGCAGCGUGCUGGGCACCAAGGUCGAUGCCGGCAUGUCGCGCACUGGCGACGACAUGAUGUACGCAUGA